UAAGGAACCUACCUUGAGGCUGGUUUCCGCCAGUGUGUCCCUGAAAUCUAGGGUGCUUUGAAAAGAAAUCACAGCUGCCUUUCUGCAGGCCAUGGGGGAUCAGGACAGACCAGGAGUUUUGGUGUCUGGAUUUGAAGGACCAUCUGGGAUUUGUAAAGAUCAUGUUGGAGAGCUGCAGAAACACUUUCAUCUCAUCACCAUGCAAGAACUUCUGGAAAAUAAAACACAAUUGGGUCCAAAGAUCCAGGCUGUAUAUAUAUGGGACAGGAAGCCAGCUAUUACUCUGGAGCUCCUGCAGAGCCUGCCCGCCUUAAAGAUUGUUGCCAGCCCAGGAUCCGGCCUAGACCACCUGGACCUGAAGCUCAUCGCCAGCUUUGGUGUGAAGGUGGCCAACACACCACAGGCUGUUUCCAGUCCCACGGCUGACAUGGGGAUGGCUUUACUGCUGGCAGCAGCCCGGAGAGUAGUGGAAGGUCACCAGAUGGCCGUCUCACCAGAUACAGAGCAAUUUUCCCGAAACUGGCUGGGUCAGGAAGUGACGGGGUCCACCCUGGGGAUCGUAGGCAUGGGCAGCAUCGGCUACAAGGUCGCUCAGCGGGCCAGGGCGUUUGAAAUGAGGAUUCUGUACCACAACAGGAAGCGCAGGGAAUCAGAGGAGGAGGAAGCUGUUGGGGCCACUUACUGUGAGAGGCUGGAGGACCUGCUUCAGCAGUCAGACUUCGUGAUGCUGGCCCUGAGCCUGACAUCCCAGACGCAGGGGCUGAUUGGGAGGAAGGAGCUGAGGCUGAUGAAACCCACCGCCAUCCUCGUGAACAUCGGUAGAGGUCUGUUAGUCGAUCAGGACGCCCUGGUGGAAGCUCUUCAGACUGGGGUCAUUAGAGCAGCUGCACUGGACGUGUCACACCCAGAGCCCUUGCCCAGAGAUCACCCUUUGCUGAAGUUGGAGAACGUCACUCUGACACCUCACGUUGGAAGUGCAACUUAUCGAGCCAGGCAGCAGAUGAUGGAAAAUUUGAUUGACAGCAUCCUGGCUUGUCUCAGUGGGCUUCACAUUCCUAACGAAGUGCCAUUUAAGUGAGCUUUGUAGGCGGAGGAUUCAGGGGGAUGGAUUAUGGCAGAUUAAAUGGGAAAUACUAUUUUAUAUGUCGUAUUUAUGCUAAAGUCCAAGAUAUAGAUUGGCUUACUAUCAUUUUAUCUGAAAAACUAAGAAUAGUGACAACACUGACCAAUUACUGAGACCUGCUAAGUGCCUUACUUCCGUCCUCACUUCCUCCUGAAAGGCAGCGCCGUGAGCGAAGUUACUGCCGUUCAUAACGAGACUGAGCACAAUUACUGGUCUAACGUCCAGAAGUUGUAAAUAUGUGAAUUUGAAUUAAAACCCUGAGCUAGGUCUGUGGGUUUUCCAGUGGGCUGUUGGUUUCCAUUUUGUUA